AUGCAAGGAAAGACUGAGAAAUCUCAUGUUCUCAGCAUUGUGGAAGAGAGUAAAGUCAUGGUGGAUAAUGCCAUCUACAAAACAAUGGCAAGAAACCUCAAGAAAAGGGAAGCGAAUUCUCCAGCUCAGCUUCUGUCUUUUUCUAAGCUCCCUGAGCCAACUAGCCGAGCUGUUUCCCAAGCAGCAGAGGUCAUGGAAACCGCUAUACAAGCAGUGAAAAGAAAAGUUUACCUGAAACCUAAACAAUCACGGCACCCAACUGAUGUGUUAUCAGAAGAUCUUCUGAAUACAAUUGCAAAUAUCUCUGGAUGCCUGCCUUACAUGUUACCACCAAAAUGUCCAAAUACUUGUCUAGCAAAUAAAUACAGACUUAUCACAGGAGCUUGCAACAACAGAGACCAUCCUAGAUGGGGAGCCGCCAACACAGCCCUGGCAAGAUGGCUUCCUCCAGCCUAUGAAGAUGGAAUCAGUCAGCCCAGAGGCUGGAGCCACGAUUUCUUAUACAACGGAUUCCCACUACCCCCGGUUCGGGAAGUGACAAGACAAGUUAUUCAAGUUUCAAAUGAGGCUGUUACGGAAGAUGACCAAUAUUCUGAUCUCCUUAUGGUGUGGGGACAAUAUAUUGACCAUGACAUUGCAUUCACACCUCAGAGUACCAGUAAAGCUGCAUUUUGGGGAGGAAUUGAUUGCCAGCUGACAUGUGAAAAUCAAAACCCAUGUUUUCCCAUACAGCUUCCCUUCAACGACUCGCUGACGGCGGGCACCGACUGUUUGCCCUUUUACCGCUCUUCUGCUGUCUGCGGCACGGGACACCAAGGCGCUUUCUUUGGAAACCUCUCGGAGUCCAACCCGAGACAACAGAUGAAUGGGUUGACCUCCUUCCUCGACGCAUCCACUGUUUAUGGCAGCAGCCCCGCCUUGGAGAAGCAGCUAAGGAACUGGACCAGUGAGGAAGGGCUGCUCCGGGUCAACCGGCGCUACCAGAACGAGGGCCGCGCGUACCUGCCCUUCGUGGCGCGGCGGUCGCCCUGCGCGCAGGAGCCGGGCGCGGACGGCGCGGAGCGGAUCGAGUGCUUCCUGGCAGGGGACGGCCGCGCCAGCGAAGCCCUGUCCCUGACCGCCGUGCACACGCUGUGGCUGCGCGAGCACAACCGCCUGGCCGUCGCCCUCAAGGCUCUCAACCCGCACUGGAGCGCCGACACCGUCUACCAGGAGGCGCGCAAAAUCGUGGGCGCCCUGCAUCAGAUUAUUACCAUGCGAGAUUACAUUCCAAAAAUCCUGGGCCCAGAGGCCUUCCAGGAAUACGUGGGUCUCUAUGAAGGCUACGACGCCACGGUGGACCCCACGGUGUCCAAUGUAUUCUCCACGGCUGCUUUCCGCUUUGGGCACGCCACAGUUCACCCGCUCGUGAGGCGGCUGGACGACGGCUUUCAGGAGCAUCCAGACCUCCCCAGGCUACAUCUGCAUGAUGUCUUCUUUAGCCCCUGGAGACUUAUCAGGGAAGGUGGUUUGGACCCGUUGGUAAGGGGCCUUCUUGCAAGACCAGCCAAGCUGCAGGUGCAGCAUCAACUGAUGAAUGAGGGACUGACAGAAAAGCUCUUUGUGCUGUCCAAUUCAGGCACCUUGGAUUUGGCGUCAUUAAAUCUGCAGCGGGGCCGGGACCACGGCCUGCCAGGUUAUAAUGAAUGGAGAGAAUUCUGCAGCUUACCAAGACUAGAGACUCAAGCUGACUUGAACACUGCCAUUAACAACAGGAGUGUUGCCGAAAAGAUAAUGAACUUAUAUAAGCAUCCAGAUAAUAUUGAUGUCUGGCUUGGUGGCUUAGCUGAAAAUUUCCUUCCAAGGGCUCGAACUGGUCCCCUGUUCGCAUGCAUCAUUGGAAAACAAAUGAAGGCCCUAAGGGAUGGUGACCGGUUUUGGUGGGAAAACAGGCAUAUAUUUACUGAAGCUCAAAGGCGUGAACUGGAAAAACAUUCUUUAUCCCGGAUAAUCUGUGACAACACAGGCCUCACCAGAGUGCCGAUCGAUGCCUUUCAAGUUGGACAAUUUCCCCAAGACUUUGAACCCUGUGAAAACAUACCACACAUCAAUUUAGAAGCAUGGAGGGAAACCUUCCAUCAAGAUGACAAGUGUGGUUUCCCAGAUAAAGUGGAGAAUGGGGACUUUGUGCACUGUGAAGAAGCUGGAAAACGUGCCCUGGUGUAUUCCUGUCAUCAUGGAUAUGAACUUCAAGGGCAGGAACAAAUCACUUGCACAGACAAAGGAUGGGAUUUCCCACCACCUGUUUGUAAAGAUAUUAAUGAAUGCAAAGAUCUAAUGGACCCUCCCUGUCAUCUGUCUGCUGAAUGCAAGAACAUCAAGGGCAGCUUUCAGUGCCUCUGCACCGAUCCUUAUAUGCUAGGAGAGGAUGAAAGAACCUGUGUAGACUCUGGAAGACUCCCCAAAGCCUCUUUCGUCUCCAUCACAUUAGGCGGCGUGCUGAUUGGUGGCUUGGCAGCUUUGACCUGGCUGGUGAUUUGCAGGUGGUAA